UACUAUAUUUCGAACAAUACACAUUGGCUCUCAUCUUGGUCUAAACUCAGAGAAGGUACGACAGAGGCAAUGUUUAUAUAGGAUCAGAUCAGAUGUUGAAUUCAGGGAGCCAUAUCCUAUUACGAAGACUUUCAGACCCUAAGUGUAAAUUGCAGGUUAGCGGUGGAUGUCUGGAGGCCGUAUGUUCGUUAUUAUACUCGUAUGCUCCACCAUCUUUAUCCAAGAUGAUAACGCUCUCGCCUCGAACAUUACAGCAGUAACCUACAUUGCCAACGACACCUCGUUCGUAAACAGACGAUCUCUGAAAUUUCCAUCCCAAUUAAGUGCAAUCCACGGAAGUGUCAAAUAAUUAUCUCCUGAUUGGAAUCGCAUGGGAAUGAGACCUUUCGAACGCUGGAUCACCUUGCUGACGUUCUUCACGGCGCUGCCGGAGCUGAGGAAUUACUCGAGCGCUGAAGCCUCCAGUGACACUGGCCCUGGACUGAAGGUCAGCGGAGAGGAUCCCAGAUGCGAUCAAGGAGGAGAUGUCCUCUUUUGCGAUUACAAAAACGCCCCUGAGUUGGUGGAAAUGGGUUACUCCCUCGGAAGAUCGAUACGCAGGGUUUUCAUCCUGAACGCUGGCAACGUUCUUCUCAACUCUUCUAUCUGCGUCGACGUCAAGUUUCAAAACGUCUCGAGGGUAGAUGUGACUGACGGUGAAAGUAAACCUUGCGAAAGCGUUAUUCAUCUAUCAGCUGUUGGUACGAAACUAGCCAGGGUGCCCGAACACAUUAGCAAAAUCUACAUAGAGGAUUCGGUGGUCGGGAUUUUGAAAACACAGUCCGGUCUCCAAAUGCUUAUAGUUUUAAACUCUAAGAUAACGACUUUGGAUAUUCCAACACCAUUGGCUGAGGGAACAGCUGCGGUCUUACAAGACUCGGAUGUUGCAUCGCUUCGCAGCCUCAUCGUCAGUAACAGGUCAUCGAUAAUCUUUCGCAAAACUAUCGUUGAAGAAAUUAUCGACGAAGGAUUAGUCGUUCAUAGUGGUGGAGAGAUCAAGUUGGACAACUCUUGCAUAAGUAAUGUCACUAAAGGAGGUAUUUCUUUGGCACCCGAAGGUUACGUUGUUCUUGAAAAUGUUUCCGGAAGAUUAGAAGUGAGAGGUUUCUCGCUUAAAGAGACACUAGACUGUGCAAAGGAUCGAGUACAGUUGGAAAACACAGAGGCAACUGUCUCGUUUUGUGAUUGUAUAACAGGAGAGGCAUACAAAGUAAGUCUCUUUAUUUUUACUUCUCUGCUAGUUGUCUCACUUCUCGUUAACGUUGCAUUGCUACGUUUGAUAAUGAAGAAAAACAAAACAAUUCUGGAAUUGAAAUUCACCAGAAUAAGUGAGGAUAGCGCUCUAAUAAAUAUGAAAGAAGAGGAGAGCUUAGAAAUAAAUGGCAGCUGUGAUGGGCCCACAAACCGGAUAACUGAAGGGAACAUGAUACCUAGCCAUACGGCGUCGACUCACAGCGAUGGAAAUCCUAGCAAUGAUGAAACCACUGAAAAAGAGUUACUCCCUGAAGAGCUUGAAAGAAGGACCAACUGUGUACUGGAAAAACUUAACCAUAUUCAGAACAAAAUCACAAAAGCCGAAGAAUCUCUUCUGAGUGAGAGUGGUAAAAGUUGUAGUCUUGAGAGCAUAAACAAAGACUUCCAUGACACGACGCGUCAUUACGAUAAUUACUUCGAUGAAAGGAUAAAUGCACUUACGAGACAUGGAGAGGCAUCUCGGCGGUUAUUCAAGAGUAGUCGGGAUGUUCCCUUACAGAGGAUAUCACAGCUAAAGACCUCACUCGGGAAAGCAAAGGCGGGCACGAGAGCCUACUUAGAAUACAGAGUUAAAUUAUCACAGGCUAUUCGGCGAGAAUCUUACUGCGACGAGCAGAUUAAGAAAUACGAAGAGGUGACGUUCGACGUUUUAUUGCUACUGAAGGAGAUCCGGUCGUCUCUGGAGACGACAGGAUUGCAGUCGAAGACGAAUGUAUUUCUAAAAUAUGUCCACGAUGAAUACGAAUCCCUCUUCGAGGCUCAAAGACGCGAUUACAAGAAACGUGAAACUGAAAUCAGAGCGUGUUCUGAAAGCAACGAUCUCACAGAAUUACUUGAGAAUUGGGGCGUGUAUAACAAACCCUUCCCGACUGGGGAUUUUGAAAGCGAAAUGUUUUCAGUAAUCUCCAAAAUCCCUGAUUGCCGCAAUAUACCAGAGGAAUCAUUCGAUGGAAGCCUCGAUAAAUUAUCAUCACAAAUAGAUAGAAAAGCCGAAAUAAUUCAGCUUAAGCUGAGCCAUGAAGAUACAUUAUUAUCUUACAAGCAAGCUUAUUUGAGAGAGAGAGAUUGCGAUUCAUCAAUAGUUUUAAGGUUUUUGAAAAACGCGUUGUUAAUCCUCGUAAAAAUGCUGACUACAAAUAGCACGGGAAACGAACCCAAAAGGUGAUACACUGCUCAGAUGGCAAAUUAGAUUUUUGAAGGAUGAGAACAUUUAUUUUAAAUAUAUAUUUUUUUUUUCUGAGAAAUGAAUAGUUUAUAAAAGUUUCUAAUUGUAAAUAUUUUUCACUUUAUUUAUGUACUACUUUCACUAUGUAAAUCUACUCGUAUGUAUCUCAAGGUUGUAUGUCUUUAAUAAUAAUAAGAAUAAAAAAUUGUUUCAGGAAUAGAUGCCGGGCUCUAGAAAUCGCUGGUUUUGUGAACAUUUUUGGAUUUUAUUAUUAUUAUUAUUAUUAUUAUUAUUAUUAUUAUUAUUAUUAUUAUUAUUAUUAUUAUUAUUUUUUUUUUUUUUUUUCUUUCUUUUUUCUUUUUUUUCUUUUUUUUUUGCUCUAUCACAGUCGUCCAAUUUGACUGGGUGGUAUUUAUAGUGUGGGUUCCGGGUUGCAUCCUGCCUCCUUAGGAGUCCAUCACUUUUCUUACUAUGUGUGCCGUUUCUAGGAUCACACUCUUCUGCAUGAGGCCCGGAGCUACUUCAGCCUCUAGUUUUUCUAGAUUCCUUUUCAGGGAUCUUGGGAACGUGCCUAGUGCUCCUAUGAUUAUGGGUACGAUUUCCACUGGCAUAUCCCAUAUCCUUCUUAUUUCUAUUUUCAGAUCUUGAUACUUAUCCAUUUUUUCCCUCUCUUUCUCUUCAACUCUGGUGUCCCAUGGUAUUGCGACAUCAAUGAGUGAUACUUUCUUCUUGACUUUGUCAAUCAACGCCACGUCUGGUCUGUUUGCACGUAUCACCCUAUCCGUCCUGAUACCAUAGUCCCAGAGGAUCUUUGCCUGAUCGUUUUCUAUCACUCCCUCAGGUUGGUGCUCGUACCACUUAUUACUGCAAGGUAGCUGAUGUUUCUUGCACAGGCUCCAGUAGAGGGCUUUUGCCACUGAAUCAUGCCUCUUUUUGUACUGGUUCUGUGCAAGUGCCGGGCAUUCGCUUGCUAUGUGGUUUAUGGUUUCAUUUUUCGUAUUGCACUUCCUACAUAUGGGAGAGAUGUUAUUUCCAUCUAUCGUUCUUUGAACAUAUCUGGUUCUUAGGGCCUGAUCUUGUGCCGCUGUUAUCAUUCCUUCAGUUUCCUUCUUUAGCUCUCCCCAUGUGUCAUCGCUGGCUAGUUCUUUAGUCUGUCUCAUGUAUUGUCCGUGCAUUGGUUUGUUGUGCCAGUCCUCUGUUCUGUUUGUCAUUCUCCUGUCUCUGUAUAUUUCUGGGUCUUCGUCUACUUUUAUUAGUCCUUCUUCCAUGCACUCUUUAGCCACUCGUCUUCACUGGUUUUCAGAUAUUGCCUCAGUGCUCUGUUCUCGGUGUUGACGCAGUCCUCUAUACUUAGUAGUCCUCUCCCUCCUUCCUUUCGUGUUAUGUAUAGUCUGUCCGUAUUUGCUCUUGGGUGUAGUGCUUUGUGUA